AUGGUCAGUCCACCCGUCAGCACCUUCGAUCGCCUUUGCCACCAACACGUCCCACUGGUCUCGUCUCCUGACGAGGACAUAGUCCGGCAGAUGCUACGGACGCGGCCGAGGACGCAUCCAGGUAGCCUUCUCUCGCUCCAGCAGACAAAAGGGGGUGUUCGUCAGGAUGAGGCUGUGUUCUGCGCAGGUGCAGAGAAGCAGCAAACAAUUGUUGCUGGAACCGUCGAGAUCAUGGCAACCCAGCACUCCUCUCCAGGACGCAUGGUCUGUGCCUUCGUGGGCGUUGAAGUCGCCAAGGACAAUCAACUUAUCCGCCUUCGACACAGUCGCCAGGAGAGCGUGCAGAUCCUCGUAGAAUAUGUCACUGUCGGCGUCAGGGCGGGCCAUCGGCGGAGCGCAGGAAAUGAAGAUGAUUCCGAAUUUUCCUCCCCAGGGAGGCAGGCGGAGGCUCAUUAG